AUGGAGGAUGUGCUUCAGCUAAGCCUAGCUUGGUCUUCGCAUUUUGUUUCUACUCGCUCUGUUUUUGAUACUCCUAUCACUCGCACCAUGACAGCAAUCACGUGGCAGCCUCCCCCGGACAAGGGGUUUUACCUCAACACGGAUGCGGCGGUGGACUCCAUCUCCAGCUUGGGUUCUGCUAGUGGAGUGGUUCGCUCUAGUGAGGGCGUUUGGAUGACUGGUUUUCAUAAAUCGGUAGGCAUAACCUCUCCUCUCCAAGUGGAGCUGUGGGCUAUCUACAUUGGUCUUCAAGUUGCAUUGCAUUAUAGCGUGGAGCUGUUGCAAAUCCAAUCCGACAGUAUUCAAGCCAUACAGCUGCUUAAUAAUCCUACCUCGGCAAGUGCUUCUCUUCCCCUCGUCCGUGCUAUCUCAUCGUUGCGCUGGCGUCGUUGGUAUACGGAUUUCCUUUGGACUCCCCGAGAAGGUAACAUGGUGACUGAUGGAAUGGCCUAA